GCUCAUCUGUCAUUCUAUUGUUACAUCCGUUACAUCAGACUUCAUCAAGUAGAUUUCAAAAUAAAAUAAUCGCACGAGUCCGCAAAUUCCCAGAAAUGCGUUUAACUUUAGUGAACUUUUUCAAAAAAAGUGUGAACGGACACAUAUUCCGUGGAAAGUAUCGUUUAGUUAAACCAGUUAGUUUGCAUUCUGUGCAAUCACUAAGACGAGAUUACGAGAGAACGGAAGCAAACAUGGCACUAUUGUUGAAUCCUUAUUUAUCACUGGAACAAUCUAGCGGUCAUGCAAAGGAAUUUAAUAAGAAGGAAACUGCGAUUGCCAAAUGGCGAGAACGUCAGCUCAAGAUGAAGCCUCAUGUCACCAUAACGGAUCGAUUAGAACACUUAAAUACUAAAAAAACUUGGGAUUAGAAUAAAAAUAUCAAUAUAUUUCAAUUCCAUUUGUGCAGCAUUAAUAA